UUUGGUCACACCAGCAUUACGAUCAUCGACUCUGGCUGCGCAACUUUUUUAACCUCGCGAACGACUUCAGAUUGUUUCCUCUUUCACCGCUAAAUCUGACAGCAACACGAUGGCAAAUGAAGCCAAGCCAUGCCCCUGUGAUAUCGGUGAUCGGAUGGAGUAUGGAGGGCUCGGCCAGGAGGUCCAGAUAGAGCACACCAACGCGUAUGUGGUGAAACCAUCUGCUGCAUCUGACAAGGCCAUCAUUGUCAUACAGGACAUCUACGGGUGGCAGCUUCCCAACACAAGAUACAUGGCUGACAUGCUGGCUACCAAUGGAUACAUUGCUGUCUGUCCAGAUUUCUACGUCGGAAAGGAGCCAUGGAGUCCAUCACAUGACUGGUCCACAUUUCAGGAGUGGCUUAAAGACAGAAGUCCAACAAACAUAAACAAAGAGGUGGACACAGUGCUGAGGUUCCUCAAGGAGCAGUGCGGGGCCAAACACAUUGGAGUAAUCGGCUUCUGCUGGGGUGGGGUUGCCACACAUUAUAUCGCCCUGCAGUAUCCAGAAGUCAAAGCAGGAGUGUCAUUCUAUGGCAUCAUCCGUGAAAAAGAGGACAGGUACGAGCUGAAGGCUCCUACGCUGUUCAUUUUUGGGGACAAUGAUCACUUUAUCCCGCUGGAUCAGGUGAAUUCCCUUGAAGCAAAGCUGAGGGAGAAAUGCACAGUGGAUCACCAGGUGAAGAUCUUUCCUGGUCAGACUCAUGGCUUUGCCCACCGCAAGAGAGAGGACAUCAACCCAGCUGACAAACCCAGUAUCCUGGAGGCCAGAGCGGACAUGCUCAACUGGCUCAACAAGUACAUGUAACUGAAGUCAGGAGUCAGCACAGACAAACCUGAAAAGGUCAAAUGUAAAAUGUAGAGGUGCCUUUUCACAGCAAGCUGAGGGUGGGGUUUGUUUGAUUGAUGACAUUCCAGUUGUUUCAGAAAUAUAUGAUCUUUUGAAUGUCCAAAUGUUCACGUAUGAGGAUUGAUAAUCAUGUUACUGAAAUGUGAAUAUUAAUUGUGGAGCCAAAACUAUUGAGCACUUUUGCCUUUUGCAUUUUUUUAUGCAUCAACUUAUAAAAUUUUUGUGUAAAUUCUCAACUUUUAUAAAGACAUGUAAUAAACACCUAACGUGGAAUACACACAGAAAUAUUAAAGGCCUGAAAUCAGA